UAUUUUUUGAAGGGCAGAGAGAUCUCUUCAGUAGAGGGCACCAAAGUUACAGGUAAGAGACGGUGUAGCAAUUAUAAUAAUGUCACUCGUUCGAACACGUGUCAUCAUGCGGCAGAUUUAAUUCUGACAUGAAAAAUGACUCUUCCAGUGGAUAACAUGAAAUUUUGUUUUGAUAAACUUUGAUUGUUACCUAGAAUGAACAUAAAUAGUUCGAUCUUUUAACUUUUGGUAUGUAAUGUAUAAAAAUUGGAACUUUCCUUAACACAAAUGGAAAUGUGCAGUUUGCUCUGACGCGCUGAGGCAAGAUACCAAUUAUUACUUGAAGAUUUUUUUGGCAAAUUCUUUUCGAGUUUAUCAAGAAAGUAGUUUUGAAUGCCAAGUACAAUUUUUUUAAGGUUGUUUUAUUCUCUUCCCUUUGUCAAUUUGCAUAAAAAAUAGAAAUCCCUACGAUAUCGAUGGAUAAAGAAUUUAGUCCAUAAUCCUUCGCCUUGAUCGACGGACAGACAAAAUAGUUCCAGCUUUCGCGACAAAUUGGGUUUAACCAUGAGCUGAAGAGAGAAUUACAACUCUCAAGAAGUUCUAUGGACACUUACACCGACAGAAAGGUUGAAAAUUGACAUAUAGUCAACAGCACUCCCAAUACAAUGCCGAUAAGAGUCCUGGAAAUACUCAGAUAAACUGUAGUUGGUUUCAAAAUUGCUUCUAAGAAGGGGGUUCUUGAAAAGCCCACGUAAGAAUAUAAUUUCUGACUAAAGUUGUAGCAGCGUCAAAGUAUUUAAGUCGUUUGCUAUCACCUACAAAUGACUUUCUAAGGCGGCCUAGAACUAUGAUUUUGAUGACUUCAAAAUAGAGGACAUAGGCUAAAGAUGAAAGAAGGCUUUCCAGGAUGAGGAGGACCAACCCUUUCAAAGCCAAGAGCAACCAAAGAGGAAUUUCUGCCGGCACAAUCGAAACAAUUUUUUGCAGCGAGGGAUUAUGAAUUAAGAUGAAUGUCGAAAUACAGACGUAGUUUGAUGCAAAGUGAAGUUCAUUUCUUGGUUCUGGAAUAACAAGAAAAGUAUGAGUGACGAUGUGAAGAAGAAUUCAUAUCUGGAUCUUACCGGUGGAAGGGUUAACAAGGGUUGUAACAACCAAAAUUUUGGCUGAAUUCUUCAUCUGAAUCCUGUCAAAGGCAUUGGUUUGGUUAUUUCUUUCUUUUUAUCUUUUCUUUUCAUAGAUCUCAACCACAACAUUUCUGUGUAUAACACCAUCCUUAAAAAGAUGGUUAAACAGGAUUGGAUGAUACCUAGCAUGCUCAUCAUGUUAGUUGUAGUGGCAGCUACAAAUACCGAACAGUGUCAGAUUGUUUUGUUAAAUCGGUGUAAAGCAGUUUACCAAGAAGCUCUGAGAAGCAGUUAUAAAGGAGAAGAGGGUCACUGCUACAGAUUGCAAGUAUGAUAAGUCAGUUUCGUCAGCAUAUUUUGUAAGCCUAUAGUAUCGAUAUUCAUUCAUUUAAAUUCCAGCUGUUCAUUCGUUUUCUUUCUGUGUCCCUCAUCUGUUUCAUUCUAUUUUCUACAUACCAUAGUUACUUUCUGUCUUCCAAAUUUCAUGCGAAAGUCGGCGCAUACGGCAGUUAUAGUUAAAGCUCUAUUUUGAAAACUUCUAUGAAUAUUUUGUAGUCACCUACACACUAGCGCUUCUUGGAUAUGAGAAGAGGUUACCUGAGGCGCUGCAAAGUCUUUGUUUUGAUCACUUUUUCUCUCAGAAAAUGGUCACAUGUCUUGCCAGUAAUCCCAACUGUGGUGGCGAACUGAUUGAAAAGUUCCGUUAUUGGAUGGCGCAGAUGGCUAUGAUGGACAAGACUUUAAACAUCUGCAAGGAUAUUAGAUACGAAAAUCUCAGGACGGUGGUGCAGGAUACAGGUUGGUAAAAACUAUAGCAAUUGUUUUGAAUAGAUUAAUUGGUCUGUUCACCUAUCAGUUUCCGAUUGGAUGUCGUAAAACCAAACAAAAAUCUGAAAAACUCUUUAAUUUCAAAGCUAAUGUAAUUCUGGGAGGAAUCAGUUGGAGUUAAAAGUACAGCAUGUUAAGUUUUGCGUUCCGGUAAAAAAGUCUACCACCUAAUGACGAUUCAAACCUGGCAUCAUUUGUGCAAGGUCGAAACAUUUUGCCUAUUAUUGUUUUAAAUUAUUAAAAAACACUUCAACGAAACAACUUGACAUGAAUUUUGAUUGUACAUAGCCAUUGUUUCUUUUCAUUUUUCCUCUCUUGUAGAUGUCGCUAAAACCCAUCGCCAACUGGACGAUGUCGGUAAUGAGCUCAUUUGUGUUACAAAGUUUGGUAACGAAACAACUUAUUUAUGACUUUACUUUCAAUAAAGUCAGGCAGACUCCUGAUAACUCCAUGAAUUAUGUAAGGAAGCCCUUGCAGGAGUUAAGACGAGCUGGAUAAAGUUGGAAACCCUUUAGCUAACUCAUAAAAGUGUCUUCAAUUCAGGAAUAUUUGAUACACCUUGGUAAUUAAUUUAGUCAAGAGAUUAUAAUCUUUUUCCAACGCAGAAAUCGCCCCAAUGUGGGGUUUUGGUCAGUAACAAUAUUAUCCGGAAAUUUGGGUUACUUGGAAGAAGCUUUCAAUCAGAUAAGCUGUUGUGUUUAAGUGUUUCAUCAUAUGAUUGGCCCCCGAAAAAGAAAAUAAUUCAUUCAAAGCAAAAAAUGGUUCGGUGUCUGAACAAACAUCACUGCUAAGUACCAAGCAGAUUUCUGGAAUCACCUGUAAAUUCAAAAUGUAUGUAAAAAUGAUGAAAUCAGGCUAUCGAAAUGAUGAGCUCACAUAAUAUAUAUCAUUCUACCAAAGUUCACUUUCCUGACCUUUCUUAAUUUUUUCUUGCAAUCAUCUCCUUUCUUUGACAGAGUUUGAUAGUUUCGAAGAGUGUGCAGUGAGUGUCCACAAGCAGUGCGUACUGUAUUAUGUGACUUUGUUGAUGAACGAUCACAAGAUCUGUGGUGAUGCAGAGAAACUGAACAAGUGCUACGACUUAAAAAGCAAAUUUAGUGAUUGUCAAGCUAAGAUAAUUAAACAUUAUGCCAGCAUGGCUGACACGGUAGCUAAAAGAGUCAUCCACUUACUAAAUGAUUAUGACAGACCUUUAUGUGUGAGCCAAAUGGAGUUAAAGUAA